CGUCUUGCAACAUGUAAUACUAUGAAGAAUAGAAGGGGACUGCACUCGGUGCCUAAUAAGAAGAUGCCCACAAUCUUUUCCGUUCUCCCAAUCUUUCUCUUCCAAGCUUUCACCACAUCCGCCGCACCAGACGAUUCCAUCGCCAUCGCCGUCACCACAAACCCCCAAACCCCAACCUCCCUCCCAUCCUACUGCACAACCGCGCCAUCCAGCGUCUACAUACCCACCUACACCCUCUCCGGCGACGACGACACAUCCACACCCCCUCUUCCAUGCAACAAAGCCACAUACGCAACCCAAGAAGGCUACUGCUGCAGCAACGGCAUCGCGUGCGCCAACGGUGAAUGCACCUGUCCCAACGGCACCCUGAUCUACUCCCUCCCGCUCGAGCCAUGCGUGACACUGAACCCGUACUACUCGGGCUGUCCGGGGAAUAUAUUGCGCGAUCUGUGUUGUUCUGGGCCGGGGGUGUUUGCGUAUGCGGAGGAGUAUGGUGGGAGCAUGACGACGCCGCAGUGCUGGCACGGUGCGACGCAGGUAUGGACGCGGACUACGAUGCCGGGUGGUGAGGUGGUGACGAGCACUUUGCCGCCCGGGAUAAGCUAUACGGAGACUCGGUGCUUCACUUGUCCGUUGUAUACUAGGAGCUCGACAGGAGCUGCGGCUAUGCCUACUGGUCGUGUGAAGGGAGAUGAUUUUGUAGUUAAGAUCAUGGCCGUUAUAAUACUUAUUACGUUAUAAUUAAACGUCUUACAGCUUGACAGGGAGAACUCAAACUCG